AUGAGGUUCACCGUGCUUCUUUCUGCGCUCAUCCCGAAUGUGCUGAGUGCAACGAUAUAUCUUGCUGGUGAUUCAACUAUGGCAAAGGGUGGGGGUGGAUCUAGUACAGCAGGCUGGGGUGAAUAUGUUACACCUUAUACCACACUCACAGUGUCCAACCAAGCUGUCGGUGGCCGUAGUACACGGUCAUACACCCGCGAGGGCCGCUUUGAUGCCAUUGCAGCAGUGGUCCAGUCGGGAGACUGGGUGAUCAUAGAGUUCGGACACAAUGACGGCGGCUCUCUCACACCUACGGACAACGGGCGUACCGUUUGUUUUGGCACAGGGACUGAAACAUGCAGCACGGCCUACAACGGUGUUGCCGAGACAGUGUUGACUUUCCCGGCAUACAUUGAGAACGCCACCAAAGCGCUCAUGGCGAAGGGCGCGAAUGUCAUCAUAUCUAGCCAAACACCCAACAAUCCCUGGGAGACUGGCACUUUCACCUACGCUCCGUCGCGUUUUGUGGGCUAUGCCGAGAUAGCAGCUGCAGCGGUUGGUGUCCCUUAUAUUGACCAUGGGGCGUACGUGGCAGCUCGGUUCGAGACGCUAGGCUUGACCACGGUAAACUCGUACUUCGAAUUGGAUCACACUCACACCAGCACCGCCGGUGCAUCGGUUGUGGCUCAGGCUUUCCUGAAGGCUAUUGUUUGCAGCAAUGUUGCCCUGAAGGAUUCUCUGAGCACAGCGUUUUUCCCCGGUUCAUGUCUCUAG